ACACAUACACGCGAACGGACCGUGUGUGGAUAUUUGUGGAGCAAAUCGAAAUUGGCAGGAUUAAAAGCAUUCGCGAGUGCAAAGGCAGCGGUUAAAGGGCUGCCCAUGCACCAAAGGAACUAACUAGCUGGCCAAGAGGUCCUUCAAACAGCGAAUAAUAUGCAAAAAUCAGCGUAAUUGGCAAGUUCAAUGCUCGACUAAUAUAUUUGGCCACACUUGUCAGUGUGCGUGCCCGUGUGUGUGUGGUGUCGAGUCCGUGUGUGUGUGCGUGUGCGGCCGCGACGAGUAUGUGUGCGUAUAUUCGUAUAUUUGCAAGUCUCGCGGAUGAAACAGCGUGAAAAGUGAGCGAAAUCGGGAAAACGGGGAAAAGGAACGGGCACCGAAACGGAAAGGGCGGCCAAAGAACUCCUCUCGAUCCCGAUACGGAUAAGGACCAUGGGGAUAUAGCCCCAUAGCCACCGCACCACAGCAGGUCGGUUGGGCGACGUCAAAGAGCCAGAAGUGAAGAACGUCAGAAGUCAGAAAUCAGAAAUCCGAUUUUAGAAAUCAAAAAUCAAAAGCAGAAACAGAGCUCUGCUGAGAUGUCGAAGCGGCUCCACUGAGUCAAGUGUUUGGUGUUGUGAAAUUUUCCGUCUCCAUCUCUCUAAGCGUAAAUCCCAAAACCAAACCAAAACCCCCUCCCAGUCCUCCAAUCGUAAUCCCUCCUCAAUCAACCUGUCCAAAAUUUUCAAUUGAACGCAACUCCGCCAUAAACAACAAAUAUAUAAGAAAAAUAAAAUUCGGCCACUAGCCAAACAAUAAAAAAAAGAAGAAAAAAAUCACGCAGUGAAGAAGAAGCAGCAGCAGCCGAAAAAAAAGACGAAAAGAAAACUUGUUUGAAAAAGGCCGAACCGAAAGAAAAAGACCAGCAGCAGCAGCAACAGCAGCAGCGGCUGAGUUUGGAGCUCAAGAAUUUCAGCGUGCUAGGGACGGAGCACCGGAUCGGAGCACCGGCGACGUCACCAAAAGAUACGCCACCAUUUCACCAUGGACGAGGAUGACAACCUGUCCAAUGCCGACAUCAGCAUCGAUGACGAGGAGGCGGCGGUGGUGGUGGAGCAGCGCGAGAACGUUGCGGCCAUGCAGCAGGAUCAGGAUGAUGUGGACGAGGACGAGUCCUCCGAUGUGGAUCUCUCCUCGGUCUAUGUCCUUCCACCCAUAAUCACGGCAAUGCCACCAAUUCUCCUCGGCGCAGGCUCAUCAUCAGUGGCAGGAGGAGCAGGCGGAACCACCGCCGCCGCAGCUGCAGCCACCGGCGAUAACUCGCAUUCCCCAUUCCACGACUGGGAUUCCAGUGUGGCGGCAGCCGCUCCACCGCCGCCACCGCCCAGGGGAGCAACUGCAGCGAGCUCGGGCUCCAGUUCGGGAUCUGGAGCAUCGGCUGCAGCGGGAGGAGGAGGAGGGGGCACAGCCUCCUCCGGCGAUUCCGGCGCCAAGCCGAGCUUCUUCUUCGGCGCCUCAUCCUUCAGCCUGCGCAGCCGCAAGGAAGUGGCCGCCCUGAUCAACACGGAGUGCUGCCGUGGCAGCCCCACGCCCGAUCUCGACUCCAUAAUGGACACCCUGUUCAAUCCGGGCACGCCCAUCGACAAUCUGGACAACAUCGAGUGGAUUCGAUGGCUCAUUGCCGGCGGAAGGACGCCGCAGGAGUUUGUUAAAAUUGUGCGCAGCUAUGACAACCACGCCAAGUGCGGACUGGUCUGGGUGCCCCAUGUGGUGGCCUACAGGUGCCGCACCUGCGGCAUCUCGCCCUGCAUGUCCAUAUGCCGGGAUUGCUUCAAGAAGGGCAACCACACGAACCACGACUUCAAUAUGUUCCUGUCGCAGGCGGGCGGUGCCUGCGAUUGUGGCGACACCUCCGUAAUGAAGGCGGAGGGCUUCUGCAGCGAUCAUGGCAUCAAUAACCGGGUCAACCGAGAUCCGGUGCCCAAUAAUCUGUUGGCGGUGGCCGAAGCCAUUAUGCCCAAGCUGCUGUUCCGCCUGCUGCAGCAUUUCCGCGAGCACAGCGACACCUCACUGCAGGUGCAUGCGAUGACCUCGUACUCAUGCGAGGAGUUCGCCAACAUGCUGAUCGAUCUGAAUAACAUGGGCGAGAUAAUGCGCAAGGUGAUGACGCGUACGCUGAUCAAUCCGGAGGUCUAUGCGUACUUCAUGGAGGCACCAUGUCUGGACACACGGAACGGACGCUUCUUGAAAGCGAACCGGGAGAAGUACGAGGAUGCUGUCAACAGAUUCCCUAAUCCAGAGCCACCCGAUGAGUACAGGGAUCUGCCGGCGCUGGGCGACAAGCUGGUACAUACCACGCUGCUCGAGGAGUUCAUCUUCUGGACAUUCAAAUUUGAGUUCCCACAGACGUUAGUCUGUUUCCUGCUCAACAUGCUGCCCGAUCAGGAUUACAAGGAACACCUCACCCGCACAUUUGUGAUGCACUACAGUCGCAUACCGUCCGUGCUGGAAAUGUCCCGCGAUCCGGACACGCUUAGCAACCGGGUGGUCCACAUGAGCGUCCAGCUCUUCUCCAACGAAAGUCUGGCUCUCAAGAUGGUCAACGAGCUGUCGCUGCUGCACGUGAUGAUCAUCAGUCUCAAGCUGAUGAUGUCCAAGAUACUCAUACAGAAUACGCUGCAUGAUCCCAGCAAGAAUUUCCACUUUGUCAUCGACUGCACACGUCAGGUGAUGAAGGACCACUGCUACUGGCCGCUAGUCUCCGACUUUAACAACGUCCUGUCACACGAAUCGGUGGCCCUGGUCUUUCUGAGGGACGACAACCUCAUCGACAUGUGGUUCCAGUUUCUCCAAAUGCUCCAGGGCAUGAAUGUCAACGUGCGAGAGACGGCUUCUCAUGUGGAGUUCGAGCCAAACAGCUACUAUGCGGCUUUCUCCUGCGAACUGGAGGCAAGUGCCUAUCCCAUGUGGUCGAUUAUCUCGCAUCUGCAGGAUGGCACACACGCCCACUUGGCCAAAAAGAUCAUCAACUACUGUGUGACGACGCUGCACGAGUGGCUGGACUCCAUUUACUUCAUGGAAGCGCGUCUAUCUAUGGAGGAGAUGAUGCAGGCUUCGUUCCACUUUCCACUGCAUCGUUAUCUCGCCGCCUUUGUAUGCCAGGCGGUCACCAAAAUGGGAAUCAGUCUGAACGACGUGCUGCCCUCGCGCCCCUAUCUCCUGCCCCUCCUGAUGAUCCAUCCGCUCCGUGUCCAGAGUUUCUUCUACGAGAUCUUGGCAGGAAAGUGGGUGCGCAACGGGCUGCAGAUCAAGGGUCAGGCGAUGACCUACAUCCAGGCGAACUUCUGCAACUCGAUGGCCGACAUGGAUCUGUUCUUCCUGCAGAUCUGUGCCACCAACCUGCCGCAGUACUUCUUUCUGCAGAACACCAUCGAGCUGUUCGACGUGGGUCAGUGGCUGGAGACGGCUCCCUUGAAACAGCCCCAGAAGGCGGAGCAAUCCUCGAUGCUGGAGGGAUUCCUCACCUUUCUGGCCACCCUGGUGACGAGUCGCACGAAUCUGGGUAACGACGAGGCCACCCAGUGCAUCAUCGAGAUCAGUGCCCUCCUGGCCACCGAGAACAAGACGCAUUCGCAGCUCCUCGAACUGAUGCCAGAGAGAUCGGGGAAUGUGCACACCAAGAACUUUGAAACCUUCCUGAAGAAGCUAUCCGUUUACAAGGCGCCGUCGAGUGGAAGCGAGAAUCUGGAGCAGGGUCUCUUUACGCCCAUCGACGAGGUGUGGGAGAAGCACUACGAUCCGCUGCACGUCCUUUUGCGAGCAGUUCAUCGCCGGGAUUUCCAAUCCUCGCUGGAUCGCUUCACAAACUAUGUGAAGAGCAAGGAGAAGAUGCCGGCUAGUGGGAACCUCUGGCCGCCAUUCCGAUUGCCGCAGGCUUUGCCCGCCACUAGCUCCUUCAGUGAUCCCUGCAAGAUUCUCAACUCUCGCGUCUUUCACUCCACCAUUUUGUCGAUAUUUUUCCGUGCAGUGCACACACGUGAUGUCUCCGAGCAUCUGCUGGCCCUGGCUGUAUUUCUCCUGGAGAUCGCUGUGGAAACCAGUGAUGAUGUUGGCAGUGGUCAGGGAGAUCGUGCUCCCCCAGCGCUGGCUGCCAUGGUCGAGUCCUCGGGCGGACCGGGCUAUCAUGGCUACGGUUCGGGGCGACAGGAGCCGCCCAAGCUGUUCCAAUGCUAUCCCACGGACAAUCUCAGCUGCAAUCUACGUCAUGUGGUCAAGAAGGUGUCGCUAAAGUCACGCGAUCCGCAGGUGAUCACCUCGAGCUAUCGCUCUAAUCCGUUUUACUCGGAUCUGGACUUUGAUGUUGAUGCGGAUCCGGAGCAAUCGUUGCGAAUGAUUGGUCAUGGGGACUCCGAAGGAGAUGAGGCAACGGGCGGCGCUGGUCUGGCAUCAGUUGGCCUGGGGCCGGGAGCACUCAGCCGGAGGAAUGUCUCGCAGGCGCUGGUGCCGAUGAGAAUGCCUGGCAUGGAGGUUGCCCUGCCACCCGAUCUUUCGGUGGUCGCCGAAACGGGUGUCGUCAUCCGGCAGGGUAGCAACGACGAUGAGCUACUAAGAGAGGGCGAUCAUGCCAUGGACAUGAGUCCAGCGGCAGCCCUCGAUUUCCAUUUCCCGCUGCAGCAGAUCACGUUGCCGGAGAGUGGCAUGGAGGUGGCCAUCCGGCGGGAUCUCUUGCUGGCCGAGACCAAUAAUAUGGGCGCCAUAGGAGGGGUUGGUGGUGGCGCCAAUCCAUCUGCCACACCCCCUGCCGUGGCCUCCAACGAGAUGUUCUCACCCACCACGCCCACGGGCAGUGGCAUGCUCCUGCCCUUCCAGAGGGUUCAGCCCGUGGCCGUUCCCAGCAGCGUCAACAUGGAUAUUGUCCCAUCGAAUGCCCUGGGCGCCGGCGGAAGCUUUACAUCCGGCGUGAGUGGUGGCGGCACCGGGCGUAGGAUGAACUAUGAGUCGGGUGGUGCUCGGAAACGAUCCGUGGACAUCGCCAUCGGUGGGAGCAACAAGGAUGAACUGCACCUAGACGAGAGCAUCUUGUCGUUGAUGCUUAAGCUCCAUUCACAGCUCUCGGGAACGCUGGAUAGCUUCUCGUUAAGCGACGGCGAAGAGCAGUCAUCUGGCGAGGAUUCCGCCAUGGAUGUGGACUGCAACGAGGCCAGCACAUCAAUGGCAGCAGCCGAGAGCACCGCCCUGGCCGAAAGGGGCCGCAGCAGGCGCAACUACAAGAACAUCCAUGUAUCCUCCUCCCGCAUUGGCGAUGGCCCAUUCUUCAUUGGUAAUCUGCUGCGCAAGAUUGCCAAGCAGGAUGAGCAGUGCGCCGUUAGCAUCGAUGACAUCCGGGCCAGACUCUGGCCCAAUCAGCGCGAAAGGCAGGCGGAAGCGAAGGCACGCGAGACCAAGGAGAAGGAGGAGCGCCGCAAGAAGGCACGUGAGCGCCAGCAGAAGAUGAUGCAAGACUUUGCCAACAAGCAGAAGCAGUUCAUGCAAUCUGCUGCGGCGGCAGCUAGUCACAUGGACUACGGGCCGGAGGAUGAGGACGACGAGGAGCUGUACGAGGAGCAGCCGCGUGAGAAGGAGUACGAUUGCAUUAUCUGCAAUUGCACAACCCCCAGCACGGAAUCAAAUCCCAUUGGUCUGGUGGUCCUGGUCGAGUCCAGUGGCAUUGUUGGCCAUCGGCGGCGGAUCGCCGAGCGACUGCCGCUGCCGCUAAAUGUGGAGGAUGAGGAUCGACUGAAGCACAGCACACGACUGGCCGCUGAAUUUAGCAGGCGGACCGAAUUGCUUAGUCUCAAGUUCGGCGAUGAGUCCUGGUAUCUGUCCAACAACAUGGCCUACGACAAUGGUGUGCAUGUGCAGUCUUGUGGCCAUCACGUUCAUCUCAGUUGCCUGGAGGCGUACCUCAAGACGCUGUACACCACCCAACGCCAGCCGGUGCAGGAUCGUGGCGAGUUCUAUUGUCCCGUGUGCCGGCAGCUAUCCAACUCGGUGUUGCCGCUGAGUCCGCAGCUAGACAGACCCACACAUCUCGUCCGCUCGGGUAAUCAACCCUUCGAGCGUCUCGUCGCCGACCUCACCGAUCUGAUCAAGGAGAACGAGACGAUACCGCAGCCCACAAAACUAACGGAGGCCAUGGGUCAUGCCAUGGAGGUGAUGACAAACAUUGCCCAGCGCAAGGUCAAGUGCGCCUCGAUCACGUUCCGCAAGCUGUUCAUCUUCGUCACUUCGAUUGCGCGUACCAACCUUGAGGCGGAGAUCAUCCAGCGCGGCGGAUCCCUCUGCUCGGCGAAUGCCACGCGGUACAAGCCAAAGCGGGACUGCAUUGUGCCGCUCCUGCACGUGCUGUCGGUGCAUGUGCGUGUCCUGGUCGAGUGGCCGCUAUGGAGCAGCUGGGCCUCGUUGGCCGGCCUGCCGGUGAGCGAGACGGAGCCACUGCCGGCGCACUGUCUCGAGCUGAUUCCCAGCCUAUUGGCGGAUCCCAUUGCGCUGUUGCUCAAGUUCAUCCUGCUGGCGCCACUGCACUUGGACCAGGAUUACUUCACCUGCAUGGUCAAGGUGAUGUACAACCUGCUGUACUACCAGAUUGUGGUUCAGCUGUGCGUCACCCUCACGGACUUCGAGUGCGAACACAUUCUCAAAGUUUACGGCAGCAGCAGCAGCAGCAGCGCUGCCAGUGGCACUUCCGGCGCUGAGUCCCAACCGGAAUCCCCCGCCGGAGCCACGAGCAGCUCGUACAAUCGUCGCCGUGCUGGCAACCAGCAGCAGAGCUCCUCGGAGCUGGGCAAGGCCAUGGCCCUGGUGCUGAGCCAGACGAAUGAGCUAGCUCACUUGCGUCGUGACUGUAUACCCAGUACCAGCAGCUCGGCGGCGGCAGCGGCGGCGGCUGGCUCCUCCUCCACAACCGCCUCUGGAUCGGGCGCAGCAACAGCAACAGCUACCUCCUCAUCCUCAGCCUCGCCGCACGAGGUCAACCUUAAGUCCAUGGAGCUACAGCUGCAGUCGCUGUGUUUGCCCUUUCUGCGAGUGGCUGCCCUGCUGCGUCAGCAUCUGUAUCGCCAUGAGAUGCCGGAGAUCUCGGCACCGGGACUGGAGUUUGUGCGUCUGGUCUACUACUUGGAACUGGUCACCGAUUCGAUGGACUGGGAUUGCUUCAAUGCCAGCAAGGGCUUGUGCUUUAUACCCGGCACCGAGCAAACGCUGCCGCAGUUCUGGUGUCAGCAGCUAAUGGAAGUGCGUCCGCCGGCGGAUACGGUUAGGGAACUGGUGCUUAUCAAUCAGCACUCUCUGUGGCAGCAACCGCGACUUCUUGAACUGCCGCGCGAGUAUGAACGUCUGUUUACGUACUACCACGAGCGGCCGUGCCUGAAUUGCUAUAAGGUGCCCAAGGAGAGCUCCAUCUGCCUGCUGUGCGGGACGAUCGUGUGCCUCAAGCAGAACUGCUGUGCGGAGAACGACUGCUGCGAGGCGGUUCGGCAUACGCUUUCCUGUGGCGGCGGUAUUGGCAUCUUUUUGGUGGUUACCUCUACCUACAUCAUCGUUAUACGCGGCCGACGCGCCUGCCUUUGGGGCUCCCUCUAUCUGGACGACUUCGAUGAGGAGGAUCGCGAUCUCAAGCGCGGCAAACCUUUGUAUUUGAGUCAAGAUCGCUUCAAUUUGCUGGAGUCACAGUGGCUGUCGCAUAAGUUUGCUCACACAAAACACACCUGGGUGUUCCAUCGGGAUCUCUUGUGAAAUAUGGAAGAUCUACUGCGCAGCAUCCAGGAGUUGGUUGGCCAGAUCUAAGAUGGGAUCGGAUGUGAUGCUAGCCAGCUGCCCGGCAGCUCCUCGCCUAGUCGAACCAGUCAACAACCCGCUCCCGAGAACCAACAUCUCCAAAACCCCACAAACGCCACAACUAAACACAACUAAACCCAACAACAACAAACACCCCACACACAUGUCCCCUAUGUUUAAGUGAGUUUCGCUGUUGUUUCGGAGCUUCAGACGCGGAGGAGGAGAAGGACACCAUAUCCGUAUCUGUAUCCGUAUUCGUUUACGGUCGUCUCCCCCCUCCACACACACACACACACACACCCGCCCUCCCCUCACAUCUUCCAACGCACCUAGAAGCAACGUCGGCAAUUUGCAAUUAAUUGAUAUUACACAUUUUUAUAUAUAACAAUACUUAUAAAAUAUGGAUGCAAAAAACAAAACGAAAAAAAACUACAGCUAUAUAUGAUUGUUUGUUGUCAACUGUUCAACUGAGAAACGCAUAAUAAUAACCCUAUCUAGGAAUCCGCCUAAUCUCGCGAGGAUCAUGAAUAUUUAACAACCAAUUAUAAAUUAUAAUAAAUAUCUAUGCUAACCCACACAAUUGCUGGGCGAAGACGAAGAAAUAAACCCGAAAAUAAACCGAAAUUUAAGCACCGCGCGGGUCUCUCUAGUUGCGUUCUACCUAAACUAAGUCUUAAGUCCUUAACUUAUAGGUUUUUUUUUUAGGGAAACAAAGGCAAGAAAGCAGAUAACAACAAAAAAACAAAAACGAAUAAUACGAUAUAAUAUAACAAUUGUCUACAUUGGCCUCAUGAGUUUGUGCAUGUAAAAAAUGAAAAAAAGAUUAUAUAGUUAUUAUAUAUAUAUAUAUAUACAAUACAAUAUACACUAAAAUUAAUGCUAUAAAAACAAAAAAAAAAAAUUUAAAACAAAAAACAAUAAACGAAAAGCGAAUUGUGAAAUGCGUAGAAAUUAGUUUGCAAAUACCCCAUUAAUCAUAAAUAUUUUGUAAUUAAGAGUGGAGGCAUAAGGAUGAAAAACAUGAUUCAAAGAGAGGGUAAUCUGAAUUCGAAGCGCUAGGAUCGGAAGUGAAUUUGUUAUUAGUUUUACAAAUUGUGUGUUAUGCAGGCGAUGGAAGUUCGGCAUUGCUUUAGCCAAAAACAUGAGCACAUCCAAAUGUUUAUUUUGAACGAUCAAAUUGACCCACUGCAAAGAUUAGCUAAUAUUUGAGAAACUAGAAAUAUAAAUGUAUAAGGUUUUUCAAGAAAUUAAAAGAAACAAAAAUUGAAGUGAUUAUCUCCACGAAACCUGGUUGUCUAGUAAUUGGUAUAUCAAUUUCCAUCGAGUUAUAGAGCAAUUGCAAGUGAGUUACCCAAAAUGACAAGCGAAAAUCUGCUACGAAUGUAAAUACACUGAAAACGCAGCUGCAUCUUGUAUAAUUAUAUAUUAAUAUAACAUAUUUGACUUCUUUUUUUUUGCUAGUUAUACAAAUCUAGAUGUUUCGGUUGGCCUCCUAGACUAACUAAAUACUACUCUGCAAAUACAAGAAUACACAUGAUUUAAGAGAUUAAAUGGCACAGCACAGCAAUACACACCCAAAACACCCACACAAAACACACCCACAACCACUAGUACUCUAGUAGACCGAAAAAAAAAAUGAUAUAUUGUAAACGUGCAUUCUGAGUGACAAACCGAAAACCCUGAAUAAAAUUGAAAAACCAUUUAAA